AUGUCCAGAAAGACCGAAAUCUUCAAUCUGGAACUCAAAAACCGUAAAUUGGAAGAUGAAGUCCGUGACGUAUCCAAGCAUCUUCGAGAGGUUGAGGAAAACGUCAAGCAGUUGGACGAUGCCGAAAGUGAAAGCAUUAAGCAGAUCGACUCGAAGUUUGAGCUCAAGAAGAAGGACUUACUUUUGAGUCACGAUAAGAGAUUAAUGGAUCUAAAAGAGACCUUAUCUCAGGAAAUCGACAAAACUAUAGAAGACGUCGCAAAGAGAGAUCAGGAAGCCAGGCGAGUCUUACAGGAGGCCAUCAGCCUGCUUGAUGAGAAGAUCACUUUAUCACAGAAAGAAAAAACGAGAAGACUCAUCCUGCUUAAAGAGGAUCAUGGAAGAGCCGUACAUGAACUCACGAAUGAGCUAGAGAAUGAAGCUGCCCAAGCACAGCAAGAUUCGGUUGACUUGAAUAGGGCUGCCGUGGCAUAUGAAAUGAAGAUUGAACUGGUUCUUCUUCAAAUUAAACGAGAAUUAACGUCUAAACAGGCAAGACUCGAAGAUGAAAUGAAGAAUUUGAGAGAAAGUGUUUCGAACAACGAAGCUGACAAAAUGAAGGUCCAAGAUAGAAUCAAUUCCACUCUUGCUGAAAUGACGAAGCAAGAAAAUCUUCUCACGGGCCACAUGGAGAAUAUUGAUGCCUACAAGGAGGAGAUCGCUGCUAUCAGCGAGUUGAUUCCUCCCCUAGAACAUAAACGAAGGCUUCUCCACGCCAAACUUCAUGACCUUAAAGGCAACAUUCGUGUCUUCUGCAGAAUCAGGCCUGAUACUACGGGCCCGAUUGCUAAUAUCGAGGCACCCUCACCUGAAGAGUUCUCUGACAAUGGUAAGCAGGACCUUAUCGUUGCUCAAUCGGAAACGACUUCCCUGUGGAGUUACUGUAACGGAGUACGCAAUGAUCAAAAUAACUUUCAAUUUGACAAGAUAUUCAAUACAGAAACUACGAAUGCUGAGAUAUUUGAGGAAUGGUGCCACUUCAUUGAGAUAUAUAAUGAAACUAUUGUGGAUUUAUUUGGUGACUCGGGCCGAUCUUUGAAGCAUGAAAUUAAACAUGAUGACCUGUCGAGUACAACAACAGUGACGAAUCUUAAGACGAAUAAGAUGACUGGAGUUCGUGAAGCUCUUGAAAUGUUGCAGAGGGCAAACAAACGAAGGGCAACCGCUGCGACUGACGCUAACGAUAGGUCAUCAAGAUCCCAUUCAGUUCUUUCCAUUAAGAUAAGAGGCUGCAACGAGCAUACUAACGAGACAAAGUCAGGUACGUUACAUCUAGUCGACUUGGCGGGAUCUGAGAGAAUUGGCAAUUCCCAUGCAACAGGUGCACGCUUGAAGGAAACUCAAGCUAUUAAUAAAUCACUCUCCUGUCUUGGCGAUGUUAUCUAUAGCAUUGCGAGAAAAAAUAGCGGUGGGCAAAUCGGUCAUGUCCCUUACCGUAACUCAAAGCUCACGUAUCUCCUCAAGAACAGUUUACAAGGGGAUUCGAAAACUCUCAUGUUCGUCAACAUUCUGCCGCUACUGAAGAACUACGGUGAGACAGUAAACUCGCUCAGGUUUGCUACUAAGGUUAAUAGGACCAAGGUUCAAUAG